GAAGGCGAAGGAUGCUGUACCACCGCACUGAAGAAGGCGCUCUCAAACAGGACGGUUUCAGGAGUGCGACAAACAUGCCGCAACAUUUCGUGAUCCGGCCCACAACCGACGAACCCGAGGCGCCGGGGAGCCACCGUCCGCAAUCACGAGUGCAGUUGCCUCCGGCGCUGUUCACGUUGCCGCCCAAAGCCACGGACGAAGUGGUCGAGGGCAACAAGAAAGCAAAGGAAGUGGCCAAGAAGAAGAAGAAGAAGAAUAAGCGCCGUCGUGGUCACCACAAGCCCACGGAAGUGGUCCGGGGUGGUGACACCAAGGAAGGCGGCAAGGCGCCCACGGUCGUGACGCACAACGCAGAACUCUACCUGGGAAAUGAAGAUGUACUACCCAUGUCACUCCCUCUUAGUCCCGCCCAUGAGCCGGUUACUACAAUGAAGCUGACCAAAGACCGACCUUCCUUAGUGGAGCUCAGAGAAGAGUUCAGAAAGAUUGCGCACCAGCCCACAAUGAUUCCCGGGAGCGGAAAUGCGUUGGCAGCUUCAUCCACGUUGGCUGGACCGUCAUCAGCUUCGUCGGCGCUGCAGUCGAAGCCCCCCGUAAGCUUGGCGGACAAGGUUUCAGACAAGAGUCGCGAGACGGCCGAGAAGAGCGAAUACCGCACUUCCGGUCACGUGACGGCCACGAACAGCCGUCCCGGACACAGCGACGUCGGGACAACCAGCGGCGAGUCGUACGCCUACCUCAUCACCGCUCUCGUCAUGCUGGGCCUGGUAGUUGGACUGGUCCUGCUGCUGACCGCGCUGCUGCUUGACAGGCAUAAAAGGGCUGCCGUCUCCGGGUCCAUCAAGGCUAACACCAGCUCUCGGCGUGCGAGACCAGUAUUUGGAUUCCACAGCGGCGGUUUGACUGUGCCGCUGCUUCAAUAACUUUGCCACCGAACUAUCCUGCAAGGAGAGACCAUGCCUCUUCCUCUGGCUGACGUCCAAGCAGCCUCGGUGAUCUAUUGUCGUAUUCUUUUUAAUUUAUAUGCCACCCGCUUUUCAACCGGCUAAUUCAUUCUGAUCAGACUAGAUCACCAGUAUCCCAAUCGCACGUCCUCGGCCUUCGCACGACCCUGAUAUAUGCUCCGCCGAGGCUGCGCUUUCACGUGCACAAUUUUCUACCGCGCGAAACGCAAAUCGCCUGUUGCUUGGAAGUGUGGACAUGUCUAUCGCAAGCUACUCGAGUUGUCGCAGUGGCCACCUUCGCUAUCACGUCUUUUUUUCCCCCUGAUCUUCGACGCUGAGAUCAGGAGCUUAAGUAUUUUAGGCGACACUUCACGGUGGAACGUACACGUGCCUGUGACGCAUAAACUGUCACGACGGCGUGUCACUGCGGUACAAUGUGUCCCGCCUUUUCUUGACACUUCAUAGGCGGCAGCAUUCGCUCGA